AUGGGCGGGGUGUUCUUCUUGUUCCCUCUGCUUGCCUAUUCAAUUGGUGUGUUAGGAAUCAUCGCAGCCUACUUUGUUGUAAUCGGAUGCAUCAUACUUCUCUACGUGGCCCAGUUGUUCCUCAGCCGCUCUGCCCGCCUAUCGAACCCAGAGUUGGCCGAUGCUAAGGCCCCCUUCUCCCUGAAAGGAAGGCAUGUUUUGAUAACGGGCGGUUCCAAAGGGAUUGGAUAUGCCAUAGCUAGAGAAGCAGUAAAAAAAGGAGCGAAACUGGUCACACUGGUUGCCCGCGACGCCAGUGCACUCCAAGAAGCACAAAACAAAUGCGUGGAGAUUGCAGACGAACUCGGAUUAGCCGUUACCGUUCAAACCGUUUCUGCAGAUUUGGUGGACCCCACGGCGGCCAUUGAAUGUCUUGAUCGCGCAGUUGCCUUGAAGGGCUCGAAGAGGGACUCAGCAGCCCGAAGGAAUCAGGAUGAAAAGCAGGAGGAGGCGGAUGUCCCUAUAGAAGUGUUUUUCUGCAACGCAGCUGACGUAGACCCUCGUCCUUUCUGUGCUUUGGGGAACAGCAAUAUACAGAAGACGGUUGCGAUGAAUAUCAGUACACCGUUCUUGCAAGUCAAACACAUCCUGCCUAGCAUGUUGAAGCGCAAGUUUGGGGCAAUCUGUUUCACCAACAGCCUCGCUGCAUUCGUGCCAAUUUACGGCUUCUCGACAUACAGCGCCACCAAGUCAGCACUCAGAGCAUUCGCAGAAGUAAUCAAUCAGGAAGUAGCUGGCAUGGAUGUGCUCGUCGCUAACGCCUUUCUCCCCAGUGUAAACACACCGGGGUACGAAAGGGAAAAACAAGUUCGUCACCGACUUACUGAAAUUCUGGAGGAAACGUCUAAAAUCAAACAGCCAGAAGAGGUGGCGGAAAAGCUUGUUGACCAUUUAGAGGCAGGUCACCGAAUCAUUACUGUGGAUUUUGAAGGCUGGGUUUGCGCGCGGUUGAAUGCCGGAUUCUCUAGAGGUGCGCGAAGCCUACACUGA